GCAGGCGGCAGGCUGAGUUGAGUACCCACGGGGCCCGCUGCCGUCACCGUCCCUUCCCGGAGGCCUCGACCCCUCCCCGCUGACCUCACCCGCGCAGCCGCCUCGCUCCCAUAUAAGCAGCGGUGGGGCAGAGCAGUGGGCAGCUGGCGUCCGGGUUCCUGCGAGCGCUGCGGGACUCCUGACCCACCGCCACCAGACCCUGAAACUCCGGACUCACAGCCCCAGGAUCCCGGAACCGUCCCGUGGAGCUCGCGCGGGGCAGACACCUCCGAGAUGCCUGCCACUUGGUUGCUGCUCACCAUGGCUUUGACCCUGACCCUGACCGACGUUCCUGGCGGUUGCGCACAGCCCGACGUUGCCCAGCAGGAGGCGGUGAUGGCAGCCGAGCACCCGGGCCUGGGUGACCUCCUGCGUCAGGCGGAGCGCCUCUCACUCCUCCGGGAAGACCUCCAGCGGCUGCGAGGGGAGCAGGGAGAUCGCGAAUCUGAGUCCCAGAUCUUUCAAUCUGACUGGCUCUCCAAGCGUCAGCAUCCAGGCAAAAGGGAGGAGGAGGCGGAAGAGGGAGUUGAAGAAGAGGAGGAAGAAGGAGAGGCUGUGGGACCCCACAAACGGCAGCACCCAGGCCGGCGGGAGGAUGCAGCUGGGUGGUCAGUGGAUGUGACCCAGCAGAAGCGGCAGCACCCUGGCCGGCGCUCCUCCUGGCUUGGGUACACUUUCACCAAGAGGCAGCACCCAGGCAGACGGCUGGUGGAUCCCAAGAGCCAAAGGAGCUGGGAAGAGGAGGAGGAAGGAGAGCUGAUGCCUGAAAAACGCCAGCACCCAGGCAAGAGGGCCCUGGGAGGCCCAUGUGGGCUCCAGGGCAACUGUGGUCAAGCCAGCCUCUUGCUGGGGCUCCUGGAUGACCUGAGCAGGAGCCAGGGGACUGAGGAAAAGCGGCAGCAUCCUGGGCGUCGGGCGGCCUGGGCCAGGGAGCCCCUGGAGGAGUGAGCCCAGUUUCCUAUAAAGUUGAGUUUGGGGUCUAAAAAUGUCUCGAGUCCUGUAUGUUCUAUCCCUGUCUGACCCCCCCCCCUUUCUCUCUUCCUUAGAUCUCUGAUCAUAAACCUGAGACCCCCUAUAUACACACACUGAAACCCCUGGCCUUGCCCUCCUCCUUCAGGGACAUGAGAAAGCCAGCCCAUGACUUAAAACCCCGUAUUACUGCACUUUGCAUCGCCGGCAAGGGGGCAAAUCCCAGAGUCCCUCCCUAACCCCACUGUCCUGCUCCCCUCCUUCCUUAGCCCUGGCUAAGAUGACCUUCUGUCUCUUCUAAGGAUUCCCCAGAGAGGGGCAGAGUGCCUG